AGGAAGGAGUAGGUGGGGCAGCCAACGGGGCUUCACUUCCUGGCUUCUGUCUGUCUGUCUGUCAAUGAGAGACGAAGCCCACGCUCACGACUCGGUGCCCUGCUUCUUCUACGAGAGGAGCAGUUGGUUGGGGGUGGGGGGUGGCAGAGACCGUAUAAGAGCGCGCGAUGGCUUGUGCCCGGACUCUUUGCCUGGAUAUGGCGGGAUCGGUUUAGCACCACCACAGUGCCAGCACGGAACCAACCGGGUCGAAUAGUGAGAGAGAGAGUGAGAGAGAGGGGGAAGAGAGUUAGAGGGAGUGAGGCACGAGAGAGAUGGAGGGACACAGGGUGCCCGCACACGUGGUUCGUGGAGGGGGAUGAUGGUGGUGAACAUGUUGUCCGGGCGCAUGUGAUCGUGCUGCUCGGCUCUCGUGUUUUGGCGGUGGUGGCUCAGGCGGGCCUGAGUGAGCCAUGCGGAGUGGCCAAUCAUUCUGCAGGAGUUGGAGCGGGUUUGACCUGCGGAAUUUUGUUCUCGUCGCGAGAGGAAGACAGACAUAACGGAAGCGGAAGAGGCAGGCAGGGGUUUCGUGACGUUUGCAGUGUGAUAGAAGGCUGUAUUUGUGUUGGCUUUGUUUCGGGGAGUUGGCGGUUCGUAGUAGUGUUGCAAACCCUAGGUUUCUGCAGUGAAAGGCAGACGCGGAGGAGAUUCACGCUUUAGUGAGAGAGUGGCUUGGGGGUCAUCUUUAGGGUUAUUGCGAGGAGGGGGAAAAUCCGUGCUGCGGUGGAACUGCACUGCGUGGGGCGAUGCUCAUGCUUGGUGCGGAGAUGAGGUUUUUGUGAGUAGGUCAGUGUGUUGAGGGUGAGAUUGGCUCCGAGCUUUCUGCGCGGGGUGAACUUCCCAGAGCGUGUUUUGUUGGCUGUUUUUAUUUUUUAUAUUUAUUCCUGUACGGGGCGUUCCGGGUUCUUUAACGUGGACGAUUAGAAUACAGUUUGUGGUGGACUUGGCAUCAGGGAAACACUACAUUUCGGUAUGUGACGGUCGGUGUAGCGGGAGCUUUGGGGGUAGGUGUGUUGACCCGAUGGAUGUAUUGAAUUAGGAGUAGGUCGACGGGCUUCUUCGAGGACCUGCCACAGCAGCUCAGCGAUAGGAAGAAGGAUUGGCGUGAGUGGCGCAGAGCAUGGCAGAGCUAGGCUAAAUCCUUUUCUCACAGCACUCGAACCACAGUUCAAGCUUGUCCCUAGAGAUGCUGUUGUCAACGUCUCCGACGGACGCGUGCGAACAGUGGCGUAUUCCCUCUUUCGUCAUUGGAGGUGGUAUGCAUUCAGGGGCGGAAUACAGGACAGUGGCGUAUAUCAGAGGCAGGCUGUAGAAAUGGCGAGCGAAGUUGUGCCGGAGGAUUGACAGGAUUAGGAGGUGGGAAAUUCUCCUUGUAGGAAAAGAUCAGAGAGCUUUCGCGGAGGUAUUGAAGGUUAUGGAGAUCGAGAAUGAGUUUAUUAUGUCGCAGGAUGGUUACGCAUCAAUUGAUUUUACGUUGCUGGAUCGACCGAACAACAACAUUGCUUCAGCACCAGAGGCUACAGCUGUCCUGCUUCCAGAUGGGCAUGCGGCGGAUGGUUCUUUUCCUUCGUUUGAACUACUAGAAGGUUCGGGAGUGGUUAGUUCUUAUGAUUAUGCCCCCGAUGGUGACGACAAUCAAUCGUUGGGGCAAACAAGGGAUGGUCCGGAGAAACAGCUCUACAAAGACCAAGCUAUGCAUUCAAACGCUGACAAUGGGGUGGCAGGUAGCGACGUGGAAUACGAUGAGUAUCAGAUCCCUCAACCAGUGCCGAAGCCUGUUUCUAGUGUUGAUUUUUUUGCCAAAAAUCAAGCACCUCAGCAGCAAGAGCAGCAGUCACAGCUAUCACUGUUUGGAAGUGAUGGAAACGAGGAAAACCAGGAGUUUUUUGAGUCAGGCCAGACCUCUCAGCAGCCUCAGCCUGCAGGAAAUAGUUGGUGGAUGCCUGAUAAUUCCUGGAUGGGAACUAAUAAUCAGCGAGAUCAGUCACAGGUGUACAACUGGUUGGCUAUGACUGAGGAUCAAAGAAGAGCAAUGCAGUUAAAGAUUGGGGGUGCUCAAAAUAGCUCGGAGUAUCCAGAAGCUAUGUAUUCUGUACCACAGGCCGUGAAUAGUGAUCCGACUCCCUCUAUGUACUCUUUUUUGCCUACGAACGCUACUCAGCCUCAUAAGAUUCCUCAGUCAUCUGAACCAGGUCCGAAUUCAUCAAGAGUACAGGCUGUUCAGAGUUCCACACCUGAGAAAAAUCCUCAGUACGGUUUCCAGAGUCUUUUAAAUGGAUCUGGGUUUCAGCAGGCCGGUUCUCCUGCACAGAACAUGAGUCUAGCAGAGCAACAGCGUUAUAGAGCUGUGAUGCAAGAACAGCAGAGAGAACAGCAAAUUCGAGAGCAGCAGAUGCGAGAACAGCAAAUGCGAUUGCAAGAAGCCAGGAAUCGAGAACAUCACCUUCGAAUGCAAGCCGCUAACAGCAGAGAACAGCUGCUUAGAGAGGAGCAACUUCGGGUGCAGCAAAUUCGGGUGCAGCAAAUUCGUGAGCAGCAAAUUCGUGAGCAGCAGCGUCGACUGCAGCAAGAAGCGAACAGCAGAGAACAGCAGCUUCGGGAGCAGCAGCUUAGGGGGCAGCAGAUUCGAGAACACCAUCUUCGGGAGCAGCGAGAGCAUCAGAUUCGAAUGCAAGAAGCGAUCAACAGAGAUCAGCAGCUUCGUUUGCAAGAAGCGAAUAGCAGGGAGCAGCAGAUUCGAUUGAAAGAAGCUAGCCGAGAGAACCAACUUCGAUUGCAGGGGCAGCAAAAUCAGAGUUUCGGCAAAUAUGACAAUCAGAAUAUGGAGGUCUCAUCAUUGAAGGUUAGUGACUAUGACUUUUUAAGUGGGGGCGAUUAUACGGUGAAGGGACAACCUCAAUCAGAAAGUAGGCAGCAGCAACUUGACGAAGGUGAGACCCAGAUGUGGAGGCACCCGCAGCGACACCAGCUGCCAGUGUGGCAGCAGCCUCGCCAGUUUAAUGCAUAUGUCAACAAUGCUCAUGAAGAUGUGCAACAACGCCAACAAGCUCAGGAAGUUCAAGAAAUGCUGACCAAGAGAUGCUUGUCAUCAGUGAGGAAUGCUGUGCUCUCUGCUUUUUGGUGUGGUGAAACUCUUUGCACGGAGCAUGCCUGCUCUAAGGCUAACCAGCGACUGCAGCAGCGUUCCCAGCAGCAACAACAAUUUGCAGGGAAUCAGAGUCAAGCUCCUGGGAGCCAGUUCCAAGCGUUUCACGGUGAAGGUUCUUUGCAGGAUUUACCUCAAGUGGUACAUCAGCAAUCUGAUCGUGUUAAUCCUCAACAGAUGACACUUGAUGUUCAUCAUCCUUUUGUCCACCCUAACUUACAGACAGCCAUCCAGAAUAGUUCCGGAAGCCUUAUGUACCCUACUCAGACAGAGCCUGGAGCUGGGCAGGGUCCCAUUAAUUAUCUUCUGGGUCAAGAUAAUAGUUUUAGCUGGCAUCAAUUGGCCAUGAAAGCUUCUGGACUGGAUCAAUCAUUGCAUGGAUCUGCUGCAACGAGUAGUAAGACCGGCCAGCAGUCCAACCCUUAUGCAAAUGCACAGGGUGGAGCUGGACCAGCAUUCUUAGGCGGGAUGGCCAAGAUUCCAUCACCAGCGGCACAAAUUAACAGACCUAUACCUCGUAGUAUUGGAGCAGGUCCAUCACCUUUGCUUGGGAUGGAAGCUCGACCAGCAGUUCCAGAACAACAAGCACCGAAGGCCAAAAUGUUAUUUGGACAAACUAUGCAACAGCCGCCGCCAUCUCAAGCACCGAAUCAUGUUCAAGGGUUUCUUGGUAGUCCACACCAGAGUAAUUUCGCUUCAGCCAACCAACAAGCUCUAGAAGAAGCACAGAGACUGCAACAACAGAACUUGAGAGGGAAUGCUGUUCAACAAGAUGGAAUUCCUCACGUCAAGCUAUUUUCUCAAAGUCUAACAUCCUUGGAUCCUAUUCAGCAGCAGCGACUGCAGCAGCAACAUAACCUGAUGGCAGCAAGCAGAAAUGCCCAAAAUGUACAGGGUCGUCCUGUUAAUAUGAUGCCGCAGAUGCCGCAGGCGAGAAAUACCCAUCUGGCAGCUAAUUCUGGGCAUACUUACCAGCAAGGUAUUCACCAAGCGGGUGGGUCUUUCUUGCAGAAUGUGAAUGAUAGAAAACGGCAGCCCACGUGGAAUAAUUAUGAAAUGGAUCCAGAUACAUCGCAGGUUGAGGUUCCAGUGGUGUUGCAAGGAAACAUAGAUUCCACGCUUAAGAGCAGCAGUUGGUCUGCUGGUAGUGACGGCCAUGCUGCUCCUGACACUGACAGUUCUUUGGCAUUUGAGAGGUCUAAAAUGCAGCAGAACGCAUGGGGAACUCAUGGUGCUCAACCCAGUAACUCUCAGUCAUCCGGUGAACUUGGUUCGAGACACCACAAUACGCAAAGUAACGCCAUCGUUCAACAGGGAACUCCCAAGUCCACCGCUGUUCAUCCUUUAUCUGUUCAGGGAAAUGGUGGUAUUAUGCAUCCUGGGACAUCAAUGAUGGAAUUAUCUGAGCUGGAGGCGAAUGGGAGGCAACAGGAAUUGCAGAACUCUCAGGAGGAAAGCAACUGGCGUAACCACGGCUUAUUGCAGGCAAGUCCUCAACAACCAGGAGCUGGGAAUCCGUCUCUUCAGGCAUUUACAGAUAUUGAUCGAGGACAGGCGAGCUGGAAGAGCUUGUGGCAAAGCGUACAAAACUCAGGAAACUCGACUCAGUUAGCAGAGACGGAUAAAGAACAGCAGGGUGCAAUGUGGGCGCAAAACAAUUCUCAUGGUGCCAGACCGCAAUCUGAGUUUUCUGAUGGUCCAAAUGCUAGGAUGGCACAGAGUGGUUGGGUUGGUGCUCAAGGCACUAUGCAGGCUGCUUUAAGCGGAGAAAGUCAACAGGCCACUAGGGAUGAGCAACAGGUGAUGCUUUCUGGAAGCCCUCAGACUGUUCAGAGCUUUCAGGAUGCUGAUGGAAGGCAUCAAUUGAAUAGUCAGGGUCCAAGCUUCCAGGAAGCUUUGAGCCAGGCGUCUUUGAGCGAAAAUGAUCUCAGCUCAGCAAGUCGGCACAUUGAUCCGAGUGUUCAACAUGCAAGUUCCUUUUCCCAUCCUAUGGAUAAGGACGGAAGUGCUAUUAAUCAAAACUCUGACCGCGCAGGCCAUAGUGCCAACUUUAUUGUGGAUCAACAGACAUCAUUGAGCAAGGGUAACCUGCAGAAUCAAGGAAGGAUCAAUGCUUGGGCGUCUGAUAACAGGCAAAGACUUGAUGACACAGUGAUGGAUAGUAGCGGCCAGCAGGAGGGUAGAUUACAGCUGCAGCUAAGUAAUCAACAAGCAGAGAACCGGUUGGCAGCUAUGAUGAAUGCCCGAGCUUCUAAUUUGCAAGAGGACUCAUCAGGGGCCCAACCACUCCGGGCAAUGAAUGCUUUGCCGGGCUUUAGGCAUCAAAAUGGUAGUGAAAGAUCUUUAAUGAAUGGAGCAACAGAAGAAGGUAUGGCAGGCUGGGGGCUUACUGUUAAUCUGGUUCGUGCCGAACAGUGCAAGCUUGGAGGAAGAGUACAUCAGCCAAGCAAUAUGGCUGGAAAUGCGGGCAAGGAAUACUUUACUCCAUCAAGACCUGGAAGUGGUGAUGAUGAACAUACAUCCUACACCGGCAGUAUGUUAGCGCACAGAACGCGAUAUUCUGACCGUAGAGAUAUGGCAGAUACUGGAAGAAGUACGUUGGAGUUGUUGAAUCAGACAGAGCAGGGUGAGAAGAUUGCGGAACCUUUGGAAGAUCAAGAUGGAUCAGCAUUAGAGGAUUGUGCUGGACCUGGUUCAGCCUCUUUUGCACAUUUGAGGACAGGAACCAGCCCUCUUCAGCGUCCAAUUCCAUCGCGGCCUGAGUUCAUGUCAAGGGAGCAGCAGGUGGAGCUUCAACUUUCAAGGAAUAAUGAGGGCUGGCAUCAAGGCAGAAACCUGAUGCACGACUUUAGUCGGCAGGAAUCUGCUGCAUAUGCACAGGCUCAAAUGCAAUCUCAAAUGCAGGUUCAGAUGCAGGCUCAGAUGCAGGCUCAAAUGCAAGCACAAAACAUGCGAGCAGCGCAAUUACAAGCUGAAAAUAUGCCAAGACAUGUUCCACAACAGGACAGGAUGAUGGCCAUGAACAAUGCUUUGCUUGGGGCCAACAGGCAUUUUCCCAGUGAUAAUAUUUCCAGGCAGAAGGCUGAGCACUUGUACAAAAGCCUCAGUCAAGCAGCGAAAAUACAGUUUCAGCAGGAAUUACAACAAAGUCAAAGGAUUAAUGCACCUAGUCAUUCAAUGGAUCAUCCAAAUUUGUCUUCUGGCUUGGAUCCUAAAAUUGCAGCACAACAGCAUAUGUCCAGAGUGGGUUAUCCAGAUAGACCAGCAAUGCCUGCAGGGAUGUCCUCUGGCAAACAACCGACAACCCCUGAGAUGGUUGCUGGUUCAUCUGGUCAAGUUGGUGUUGGAUUUUCUCAAAGCCAACCUGGUGCCUUGCAGCAGCUACAGCAAAUGAAGCAAGCGGCACCAGUUGCACCCCUGCUUAAAAAGAGGAAGGAGUAUCCACCACUUGUACCUUGGCGUACCACUAUCUCACAAGGGUCUACAAAUCUACCAACCACAAGCCGUGCUGAGAUGGAGUGGGCAGCUGCAACCAAUUCUCUUCAAGACCAGGAACGGUUCAAUGAUGCAGUCGAGACACUUGAUGUGACGGCAAUGUGUGUAAAGAGGGCUAAGAGGCGGUUGAAAUGCACCACUCAACUUAUGCAGCAAAUUGUUCCUGCUCUCCCUUCUCAGUUGUUCAAGGGAAAUUCCUUGGAUGAUUACAAAUCUGCCACUUUUGUGCUUGCGAAGUUUGCAGUUAGUGAAGCUUGUUGGUUGGCCACUGGUUUGAGCCGGGAGCCUUCUGGUGGUGUUACUAUUGAAGAAUGCGUGGAAGAAAGCAAUGGAAACGUUUCAUCGUCAUGCAGUGAAAAGAAUGAUCAACUUGCGGUGGUGAAACACGCCAGCUCACUGUCGCUUCCAAGCAAGCUGAGGUUACAAUUUACACAAAAAAUGACCGAACUGCAGGACGAGUUGUCUAGAUCGGAGAGUGCACCCACUGCAUCGAAGCUCUCAAGGGAACUACAUGAUCUCGACAAGUUGGUAGUAUUGAACCGGAUGGCAAGAGUAAAUGGAAGUGAAUUUUUAGCUGGACUAUCCAGUCCUAUUGGGAGUCCCCGUGGCAAACUUGAAGCACAUCGUGAACCCCCAGUGGUGUACAGCCCCGGUAGUGCUCAUCCUGAAAGAUUUGUAGCUGCUGUAUUUGUUCCUCAAAGGAUGCCAGAAAACUUGAUGCUACAUUCAUUGUAACAAAAGGAGAAGGUUAGAUUGACAAGGAAUGGAAUCUCUGUAGCUCAUUUAAGGUUAUAUAGAGGAGCAUUCUUUGUCUUAUAUCAAGACUUAGUGUAAUGUAAUACAUCAGAGACAUAUCGUUCAGCUUCCGUUAAAAGUGGGUACCAAAACCAUCACCAAUCUCUGAUGAGUUUUACACUCAACAAAUUACACUCAGUUUGGUUCAGACUGCUGAGUCAUCGAACAUUCCUGCUCCUUACAAAUGGACUCUACUAAAGAGUCCUCGGCAGCUGAAGCUUUUGAUACUGGCUCUGGCAUGGUGUGACCAAUCACACCGUUGUAAAUGUUGUCAAAUUUACCAUCUUUUGAACAAUGUGAUCAGCAUUUUGUUAUUCUUUGCCAAA